ACAUUAAGGAUUUCCCAUAGACGAGAAAAGACAGCACACAAGAAUUGCUUUUCAUUAGUUUCAACUAAUUUUGGCACAACAUCGUCAAAGCCCUUCCCAUCUGCGUGUUCCACCCAUAUGGUUGGACGUUACAGACAUGCAUCCGUAGGCGACCUCGUCUUCUGCACCUCAUUCCAAGAAGAUAUAUCCGAAAAGCUUGUGUCCUAUACGUGCUAUGUCAUGUUCCAUUAUUCUUUUCUUGAAGGUGUGUGGUAUGGACUGAUACGUGGGCCUCUUUAGUAUCGUGGCACGACUACGCACUUGGGGGGGCGGGGUAAUUGCUCUGGGUCGUGUGAGGACUCCUUGUUAGGCACCCGGGCGUUCGGUUGUCGCCAACAGGUGCAGUGCCUUGCGACGGGGAAGCUGUGAGACAGCUGGCAUGUGGGGGAGGGUUCUUUCAGGGAGAUUGCCGAGGGAUGUGGAGAAAUCUUCCUGGCACCGCUGGAGAUGUCAUGUACGCGAACCCAGCAAACUCUACUGCUGUUCGACCUUGCAACACUCCAAGCCUGUUGACCCGGGAGUACACCCGAGGUCCCAUCAGAAAUACAUAGUUGCGAAAGGGGUGAUAUCAGGGGAAUUCGAUAGGACACUGAUGAUGUCUACAGGGUUCGACUCAGCCGCGCUACGGUGCGCAGAUGGUCUUGCCUCCAAGAGCCUGCAGCUUGUCAAUCAGCUUCAAAGGGCGUUGUUCCAGAAGCCUGAUCCUUCCGUCACUGCUUGGUGGGAUGGCAUAGAGUGGAUGAAAUCUAUUUCGUCAUUCUUUGGCCGAGAAGAGAUUUCUAUUCACCUGCAAUAUUUUCCCCCUCGUCAAUCGUCUUCGCUCUUCAACUACUACCAGGGUAUACAGGUGGAGCCCCGCCUGUUGCCUGCGACUGUUGUGCGCCUUGCCGCCCUACCUCUUGUAGACUUUUACUUCCCGACCAAGCCCGUCGUAAGACGCGUCGUUUGCGGCAUUUCUGUUGUCUUUCUGCUAAUUGAGCUCUUUCCCUCUGUGGCCUUCCCCAUCAUUCAUGACAGUGUAUUCUGGAUCGCCAGAGCGUGGCGUUUUGCUUUAGAAACGUCACGCAGCUCUGUGUAGUGUGCGAUGCCCGUGUUACCAGGGAGGCGUCGUAGGGUGAGUGAAUAUUUUGUUUGAUGCGACAGACUUGAUGUUGCUGUAUUUAAAUUGGCACUUCUCCGGACAUUGAUAUUCAUGAAUAGAGAAAAAUAUGUGUUGCUCUGAAUUUCGGCAAAUCAUCGUGGAUAUCCGAGUUGCCCAUUCACGGCAUCUGCCUAGUGAGACUUGCAUAUAAUUCAAGGCAUUGCAAGCGUCAUGCCUGAAAAACAUGAAAGAUGCGUCUCUGUUUGGUCAGUGUUCAUAAAUCUCCUUCGAAACCGCCUUAGACGGUGAAACGUGCAUCGUUUUCUCCCCAUCGCACUGCAGCACGUUCACCCACACCCGGUUGGAGUUGUCCUUGCUGUUCGACCUGCACCAUCGCGCAAAUGAUGGCGUCACCAGAAAUGUUUGUGUCAAGAGAGUGUCGUAAUUCGCAAUACAAUACGUGUAGUAGAUCUUAUUGGAGUAAUUUUGGACCAGUGCCGUAGGCGGCUGCCGAGUUCAAACCCAGGCUGCAUGUUAUCUGUGCCGCGUCAACUUGUGGACACGAACGCGGACGUAGGACAAAAUCCGUCACGAUUCCAGUGCUGUGACAUGGAAUUUGCAUUGUUCUAUAGCAGUACAGUGACUGCAUUCAUAAUAGAAGCAACGUUAUGUAAGGUUUUGGUGAGAUCGCUCACCGCUGGGACGACACUGGACACAGGCAGAGGGUAACAUCAGCGAAGCGACACGAUGUGAUCCUAUGGAGGCUGAUGAGCCUUCGUCAUGAUAAAAGAGAACUGUGGUAAAGCGGAUAAUGUCAUAUAAGAAAGCAAGACAGAUCAAUGCACAUGAGGCCCGUGAUACUAUCGUUCAACCACAAUUCCGUCGGCA